GUUACAACAGGUGAUCAUAUCAUAUUGGAGGGAGGCGGUAAUCACAGCAGGUUAUAAAGACAGCCAACAAUUCCAUUCCACAAACUCAUCUCUUGUGUCUUCCUUUAUUAAGCCUGGGACUGAGAAAUAGCUAAAAGAUGAAGCUGUUGCUGGCUCUGAUCUUCAUCUUGAUGUAUAUGGAAUGUGAAGGAAAACAGAAUCACAGAUGCAAAAACCCCUCUGAGGAACAUUUGAGGAGUAAGCUCGAAAGACUGGCACCUGAUUCCCUGCAUCUCAUCAGGCAAGACAAUGUGCCGGACAUUAAGAUGAAAAAAUGCCCUUCCAGCAUCAAUAUUUCAUCCGAGCUGAUGCAGGACAGAAGUAUUUCUCCCUGGUCCUACAGAAUCAAUGAAGACAUGAACAGAUAUCCUAUAUCAAUUGUCGAGGCCUACUGCCUGUGCAAAGGCUGCGUUUCAUCCAAACCCAACUCGAUGGUCAGUGUGCCAUUCUACAAAGAAGUGCCAAUCUUAUACAAAACUUCCAAGUGUAAGAAGUCAAGAUUUGUCUACAAAUUACGAAACAUUCGAAUCGCUCAGUUCUGCAUCUGUCGAUUUUUAAAUGUCUCCAAACAAUAAUCGUCAGUGAUCACCGGUGAAUCUGCUAUGAUUUUUGAUCUGGAGAUUUUGUUAAAGAAUAACCAAGUUUGGAUUUAAUGGGUUGACCUCUUCCAAGUUAAGCGUUUUUUAACGUAACUUAACCCAAGAUAAAAAUUCUGAACGUUAAAAAUUACGUACAUUUAGUCAGUAGUGAGUCCUGCUGUGGAAAAAUGUGCAUUGAUGAGAGAAAUUACUGGAUGAGAGUUAGACACCUUAGAUACAGGUUUGCAAAAAAUCCACAAAUCUGCUAAAUGUUUUUUUUUGGGGGGAAAUAUAGAAAUGUGACACCUAUGGAAAUAAAAUUAAGGACUAAAACCGAGCCACUGUAAAUAUCCCAAAUACUUCAAAUUCACUAAGAGCUCAAAUGCAAUUCACUGAAAUAAAAUCUACAAGGUUAAGUAAAUGUAUUGAUAUCCAGUUUGUGUGGAUAAGGGGUAUGCAUUUUUCUAUUCUUUUUGUACAUGUAUUAUUGUAUGAAGUAAGUUUUUUUUACUUUUUUAUGAUAAAUUGGGUGUCUCUUUUAUUAGAGUUCUAAAGCUGGACACACUUUUUCAGUUACCAACUACAUAUUUAGGAUUCCUAAAGGACUUUUGCCACUUACUAUGUCUUCAAUUGACUGAAGCGUAGCUUUAGAAGAUGAUAAGGCCAUAUGGACAAUCAUUGUAAUAUAUACAUACUGUUCUGCACUAUGAAGUUGCAUGUUCACAUUUUUUUAUGCUUUGUAAUGUAAAGUUUAUAUGUUUUAUUAAUAAAAUUAAGGAUAGAUAUUUGUGCAAU